AUGUUAAAUCCGCGUAGUGCUGCUGUUGAAUUUCGAAAAAAAUGGCUUCAAUACAAUGCACCAAAUGCUGUUGACUACAAAUCUUUUUCACAUCUUCGUCUAAUUGAUUCGGAAAAAGGAUAUGAACGCCAAGGACGGUAUUUAUCACGUGUUUUCGGGACAAGUUGGUAUGAAUAUUGGGAAUUUUUGGAUGAUUACAUUGACUUAAGCUCUGAAGAUGGUUUGCUAGCUUUAGAAGAUUAUCUGUCUAAUUGUUCAUCACUGAACAUUGAUCAUCCAUUAAAAGAAACUACCAGUAAUGGGGAUUGCUUAGACAACAGUAAUAUUGAAGGUAGUACUCUAGCAAAUGUUUUGCAAGAUGUCAGUCAGACCGGCUGUACGCUCUCUUCAACAUUUUCACUUUUCAAUGAUAACAAUAACGAUGUAUUCGCUCCUGCAACACCUAUUAUCCGUGGAAAAUUAGUUCCUAAAAGCAACUCAACAAUUAACAGAGAAUUAUUUGCGUCAUCUAACCCUCAACGUUGGCUAUCUUAUCGUCAAGAUAAAGGUUGUAUUCAUGGAUUAAAUGAUAGUUUGGAAAAUAGCUCAGAGCAAACAAACUCAAAUGUUCAUUCUCAUGAGUAAGUUUAUUCUUUGAACUUAUAUGGUUUUCACUAAUAUUAAACAAGUGAUAGAUGAAAACAUCGAGUCGGUGGAUAUUCGGUUGCAUAUUAAUUUACGGAGACUGAAAGAUUCCUAAGCGAAAAACAGAAAAAUCCUAGUCAAAACUGAGUGUUUGCUUCGUAGUAUGUAACCGUUAUAAAUUGAUAGCUCUUGUGAUAAAUGUGAUAGGCCUUAGAUUCGUGUUACCGGAAACACCUACCAACGAAUACCAAGUAAGAUAACAAUGUAUCCUGAAGAGCAAUAGAUUAGUGAUUAGGACACUUAAAUUUAAACUAUUAGGUUUCGUAUUCAAACUUCACUUUACCCAGUUUGGUCUAAGUGCCUGGAAAAAUUUCAUUAAUUAUCUAUUAGGUAGUGACCGUUUACAAAUAUGACAUGUCACUAACUUACUGGCUGGCGUUUUGCGACCAGCCAUCCAGUGAUUAUCAGCAGAUUGAGUCAUACUAGGAUUUCUCAUUACUUGUUUUGCUAAACCCAGCGCGGC